UCUCAUUCUCUGCGCCUAGUCUUGGCUGGCCAGCCUUGAAGCCGAGGCAAGCUCGGGUCUCUCUCCCUCUCUAUCUGCCGCCGCCGCCGCCUCUCUUGCCUCGGCCCCCGCCAUCCGCGAUCCUUCUCUCUCUCAUUCUCUCUCUCUCCGGGCGGCGGCGGCAGAAGGAGGAGAAGGAGGAGAAGGAGAAACCGGAGAGAGGAGGAAAGUAGCCACGGAGAAGGAGGAGGAGGAGAAGCCAGAGAGGAGGAGAAGCCGCGGAAAAGGAGGAGAAGGAGGAGAAGCCGGGGAGAGGAGAAGAGAAGCCGCGGAAAAGGGGGAAGAGAAGGAGGUGGAGAAGCCGGGGAGACCCUCUUUCAUUCCGGGGAGAGAAAAGAGAGAAGCCACUGAAAAGGAGGAGGAGAAGCUGGAGAGAGGAGAAGAGAAGCCACUGAAAAGGAGGAGAAGGAGGAGAAGCCGGAGAGAAGAGAGACAAGCCACUGAAAAGGAGGAAUAGGAGGAGCCCUUGAGCCCGGCGGCUGCUGCUGCCGCUACUACGCCGCCUGCGAUGCCGGACUAACAAGGCGGAAGGGAAUAUAGAUCUAUCUCUUGUUUAUUUUUCCCCCCUUGCCAAUCUGGCUUUGAGUCCUGGAGGAAGAAGAGGAGGAGGAAGAGGAAGGAUUGCCCACCUUUUUCCACCUAUGCUCAGGAGAAGCAGCCAAAGAAGAGGAGGAAGGAAGGAAGAACCCUCAACGUGGAGGAUAAGCUCCAGUCCAGGAUCGGUGCUUUGAAAACAAAAAAUCAUUCGGAGUUCUGACAUCAUCCAUCUCUUUCCUCAGCGCCGCUUUAGGAAUACAAAAAGCAUUACUAUUUUUUGUCAACCAUGUCGGGAGACAUGUGGAGAUGGACCUGCCUGGUCUUGCACCUUCUCCUCUGUGCUAAGACGUUGCCUUCGGUUGCCAGGCAGCAGACUUCUCACCCAAAGAGACCCUUCCUCAACUUCACUGUGGACAUGGCAGAAGUCUACUUCAACCACUUGGUGGUAGAUGAAAGAAGAGGAAGCAUUUACUUGGGGGCCAUCAACUGGAUCUAUAAACUCUCGGAGGACCUGGAGGUCCAGGCGUCCCAUCAGACGGGCCCGGAUAGUGACAACCCAAAGUGCUACCCUCCCAAGGUGGUCCAGCCUUGCAACGAACCCUUGAUAUCAACCAACAACAUCAACAAAAUGCUCCUCAUUGACUACAAAGAGAACAGGUUGAUCGCCUGUGGGAGUUUAUACCAGGGCAUUUGCAAAAUCUUUCGGCUGAAUGACCUCUUCAAGCUGGGUGAACCUUUCCACAACAAGGAGCACUACCUCUCCGGGGUGAACGACAGUGGCUCUGUUUUUGGAGUGAUUGUCUCCUACCACAAUAUGGAUGACAAGUUGUUUAUUGCCACUGCAGUGGAUGGGAAACCAGAGUAUUUCCCAACCAUCUCCAGCCGGAAGCUGCCCAAGAACUCGGAAGCAGAAGGGAUGUUUGCUUAUGUCUUCCACGAUGAGUUUGUGGCCUCCAUGAUCAAGAUCCCGUCAGACACAUUCACCAUAAUCCCAGACUUUGACAUAUACUACAUCUAUGGCUUCAGCAGUAGCAACUUUGUCUAUUUUUUGACCCUUCAGCCUGAGAUGAUUUCUCCACCAGGUUCCACCACCAAAGAGCAGGUCUAUACCUCCAAGUUGGUCCGCCUGUGCAAGGAAGACACGGCCUUCAACUCUUAUGUGGAAGUGCCCAUCGGCUGUGAGAAGAAUGGGGUGGAAUACCGAUUGCUUCAGGCGGCUUACUUGUCCAAGGCGGGGUCCAUCUUGGCCAGGUCUUUGGGCAUCAGGCCAGAGGAUGAUAUCCUGUUCACCAUCUUCUCCAAGGGGCAGAAGAGGAAAAUGAAGUCUUUGGACGAGUCGGCUCUUUGCAUUUUUGUUCUGAAGAGGAUCAACGACCGUAUCAAAGAGAGGUUGCAGUCCUGCUACAGGGGCGAAGGCACGUUGGAUCUGGCCUGGCUGAAAGUGAAGGACAUUCCCUGUAGCAGUGCACUGUUAACGAUUGAUGAUAACUUCUGUGGCCUGGACAUGAAUGCCCCACUUGGAGUAUCUGAGAUGGUGCGAGGACUCCCCAUCUUCACAGAGGACCGGGAUAGGAUGACAUCCGUCAUUGCUUACGUCUACAAGAAUCACUCGUUGGCUUUCGUGGGCACCAAGAGUGGCAAGCUGAAAAAGAUUCGCGUAGAUGGUGUCGUCAAAGGUGCCCUUGAGUAUGAGAUCGUUCAAGUGGUGGAUUCCGGUCCCGUUUUGCGAGACAUGGCCUUCUCCGUGGAUCACAAGUAUCUGUACAUCAUGUCUGAGAAACAGCUUACCCGAGUGCCAGUGGAGUCAUGUGGACAAUACAAGAGCUGCAGCGAGUGCCUGGGUUCAGGGGACCCCCACUGUGGAUGGUGUGUGCUCCAUAAUACGUGUACAAGGAAGGAGCAGUGCGAACGGUCCACUGAACCCCGGAGGUUUGCCUCAGAGAUGAAGCAAUGUGUCCGCCUCACUGUGCACCCCAACAACAUCUCAGUCUCCCAGUACAGUGUGAUGUUGGUUUUGGAGACGUACAAUGUGCCUGAGUUGUCGGAUGGGGUCAACUGCACUUUUGGGGACUUGUCGGAAAUGGAUGGCGUGGUGAUGGGGAACCAGAUUAAGUGCCAGUCACCGGCGGCCAAGGAGGUGCCAAAGAUCAUCACAGAGAAUGGAGACCAUCACAUUGUCCAACUUCAGCUGAAAUCCAAGGAAACAGGCAUGACUUUUGCUAGCACCAGUUUCGUAUUCUACAACUGCAGUGUCCACAAUUCGUGCCUAUCCUGCGUGGAAAGUCCAUACCGGUGUCACUGGUGCAAAUACCGGCAUGUUUGCACUCACGACCCCCGGAAUUGCCAUUUUCUGGAAGGACGGGUCAAGCUUCCAGAGGACUGCCCCCAGCUACUCCACACCAAUAAGAUUUUGGUUCCUGUGGAAGUGGUCAAACCCAUCACGCUCAAGGCCAAGAACUUGCCCCAGCCCCAAUCGGGCCAGCGGGGCUACGAGUGCAUCAUCAACAUCCAAGGCAAUGAGAAGAGGGUGCCAGCCUUGCGGUUCAACAGUUCCAGCGUCCAAUGCCAGAACACUUCAUAUUCCUAUGAGGGGAUGGAGAUUAACAGCCUGCCAGUGGAGCUGACAGUGGUGUGGAAUGGGAAUUUCAACAUUGACAACCCAGCACAGAACAAAGUCCACUUGUAUAAAUGUGGAGCUAUGCGAGACAGUUGUGGCCUGUGCCUGAAAGCAGAUCCAGAUUAUGAAUGUGGAUGGUGUGAAGACAUGAAUCAGUGUACGCUGAAGCAGCAUUGCCUCCUCAUAGAGAACCGGUGGCUGGAGCUCUCAGCAACUGGGGGCAAGUGCACCAACCCCAGGAUCACAGACAUCACUCCCAAUAGGGGUCCCAGAGAAGGAGGGACCCGAGUGACCAUCCGGGGAGAAAACCUUGGCCUGGAGUUCAGAGACAUUGCCUUCCGAGUCCGAGUCGCUGGCGUGGAGUGCGAGCCCUUAGUGGACGGAUACAUCCCAGCAGAGCAAAUUGUGUGUGAGAUGACCGAGGCCAAACUUAGCCAACAUGCUGGAUAUGUGGAGAUUUGUGUGGCCACGUGUAAGCCGGAAUUUAUGGCCAGAUCUUCUCAGUUCUACUACUUUACGGUUCUAACGCUUUAUGAUUUAAGUCCAGAUCAAGGUCCACUAUCAGGAGGCACACAAGUCACCAUCCGGGGCAAAAACCUAAAUGCCGGCAGCAAUGUCUCGGUGAUGUUUGGGCAGCACCCAUGCAUUUUUCACUGGAGGAAUGCCGACUCCAUCAUCUGCAAUACCACAGCUUUCACCAACAGCUUGGAGAAAAGCAUGGUGGAUGUGACUGUGAAAGUGGAUAAAGCUAUCUUGCAUAUGGAACUGGAGAAGCCCAAAUCACACAAGGAACUGAAGUUUAAAUACGUGGAGGAUCCAACCAUUUUGAGGAUUGAGCCAGAGUGGAGCAUAGUCAGUGGAAAUACACCCAUUACAGUAUGGGGGACCAAUCUGGACCUGAUCCAAAACCCUCAGAUCCGGUCAAAGUACGGUGGGAAGGAACACAUCAAUGUUUGUGAAGUCCAGAAUGACACGGAGAUGGUCUGCCAGGCACCAGCCUUAGCUAUUGACCCAAAUAACCUGUCUGACCUCACCGAGCGACCGGAGGAGUUUGGCUUCAUCUUGGACAAUGUCCAGUCCUUGCUGAUCCUCAACAAAACCAACUUCACCUACUAUCCAAAUCCUGUCUUUGAGGCUUUCAACCCCUCUGGGAUUUUGGAGCUGAAACCGGGGACUCCUAUUAUAUUAAAGGGCAAGAACCUGAUUCCACCUGUAGCAGGAGGGAAUGCCAAGCUGAAUUAUACAGUGCUCAUUGGGGAAAAGCCAUGUGCAGUUACAGUAUCUGAUGUGCAGCUCCUGUGCGAGGCCCCAAAUCUCACGGGACGGCAUAAAGUGAUGGCUCGUGUGGGAGGGAUGGAGUUUUCCCCUGGGACAGUGAACAUCUCUCCAGACAGCCCACUCAGUUUGCCUGCCAUUGUUGGCAUUGCCGUGGCGGGUGGGCUCCUCAUCAUCUUCAUUGUGGCUGUGCUGAUUGCCUACAAGCGCAAGUCCCGGGAGAGUGACCUGACCCUCAAGCGGCUCCAGAUGCAGAUGGACAACCUGGAAUCCCGAGUGGCUUUGGAAUGCAAGGAAGCUUUUGCAGAACUUCAGACUGACAUCCAUGAGCUGACAAGUGACCUUGAUGGAGCUGGCAUUCCAUUUCUCGAUUACCGGACAUAUACGAUGAGAGUUCUUUUCCCAGGCAUUGAAGAUCAUCCUGUGCUAAGAGACCUGGAGGUCCCUGGAUAUCGGCAGGAUCGGGUGGAGAAAGGUCUGAAGCUCUUUGCUCAGCUCAUCAACAACAAAGUCUUCCUUCUGUCCUUCAUUCGGACCCUGGAGUCCCAACGCAGCUUCUCCAUGAGAGACCGUGGCAACGUGGCCUCCCUCAUUAUGACAGUGCUGCAAAGCAAGCUGGAAUAUGCCACAGAUGUCCUCAAACAACUCCUGGCUGACCUCAUAGACAAAAACCUGGAGAGCAAAAACCACCCCAAGUUGCUACUUCGGAGGACAGAAUCUGUUGCUGAGAAGAUGCUCACAAAUUGGUUCACCUUCUUACUCUAUAAGUUCCUCAAGGAAUGUGCAGGUGAGCCCCUUUUCUCCCUGUUUUGUGCCAUCAAGCAACAAAUGGAGAAGGGACCAAUUGAUGCCAUCACCGGAGAAGCCCGAUACUCCCUCAGUGAAGACAAGCUCAUACGGCAACAGAUAGACUACAAGACCUUGGUCCUGAGCUGUGUGAACCCUGAUAACGUGAACAGCCCUGAGAUCCCUGUGAAGAUCUUGAACUGUGACACCAUCAACCAGGUCAAGGAGAAGAUCCUUGAUGCCAUCUUCAAGAAUGUACCUUGCUCCCAUCGGCCCAAAGCUGCCGACAUGGAUCUAGAAUGGCGACAAGCGAGUGGAGCCAGGAUGAUCCUCCAGGAUGAGGACCUCACCACCAAGAUUGAGAAUGACUGGAAGAGACUCAAUACUCUUGCUCACUAUCAGGUGCCUGAUGGUUCAGUGGUAGCUCUGGUCUCCAAGCAAGUCACAGCCUACAAUGCAGUCAACAAUUCCACUGUCUCCAGGACUUCUGCUAGCAAGUACGAAAACAUGAUCCGCUACACGGGAAGCCCAGAUAGCCUGCGUUCCCGGACACCCAUGAUUACGCCUGAUCUGGAAAGUGGGGUCAAGAUGUGGCAUCUGGUGAAGAACCAUGAACACGGAGACCAGAAGGAGGGCGACCGAGGGAGCAAGAUGGUGUCAGAGAUAUAUCUGACAAGGCUGUUAGCCACCAAGGGCACUUUACAGAAGUUCGUCGAUGAUCUCUUUGAGACAAUCUUCAGCACAGCGCAUCGUGGCAGCGCACUGCCCUUGGCCAUCAAAUAUAUGUUCGAUUUCUUGGAUGAGCAGGCAGACAAGCACAACAUCCAUGACCCUCAUGUGCGGCACACUUGGAAAAGCAACUGCUUGCCUCUAAGAUUUUGGGUGAACAUGAUCAAAAACCCACAGUUUGUCUUCGACAUCCACAAGAACAGCAUCACGGACGCUUGCCUGUCGGUGGUGGCACAAACCUUCAUGGACUCCUGUUCAACCUCAGAGCAUCGUUUGGGCAAAGAUUCCCCAUCGAAUAAGCUGCUUUAUGCCAAGGAUAUACCCAGCUACAAGAACUGGGUGGAAAGGUACUACUCAGACAUUGGGAAGAUGCCCGCUAUCAGUGACCAGGACAUGAAUGCUUACUUGGCUGAGCAGUCCCGCAUGCACAUGAAUGAAUUCAACACAAUGAGCUCGCUCUCUGAGAUCUACUCCUACGUGGGCAAGUACAACGAAGAGAUCCUCGGGGCUCUCGAUCAAGACGACCAAGCCGGGAAGCAGAAACUGGCCUACAAACUUGAACAAGUUAUAACCCUCAUGAGCAUAGACAGCUGAGAACUGCCCUACCAGGGGACAAAACAAAACAAAAAACAAAACAAAACAAAACCAAGCCGUGCCUCAGUCAAGAACAUCCUCUUUACCAAGUGCAAGUUUCUGAUUGGCCGCCGAGCAGGGUCACCCGAACGGUUCGCGACCCCUCUGCCGCGUACCUGCCGAACCAAUGGAUGCCAAGCAACUCAAGGGACAUCUCUGUGGAGGAAUCCUAGAAUUGUGGGUACCAUUCAGGUGGACCCCCGCGCCCACAAGGUUCCCCCCUUUGCCUUCGCCCAGAGCAUCCCUUUCAUAUCGUCCGUUAACCAGUCGAGGGAGCCGUUUGGGUUUGCCUCUGUCAUGCUGCUUUAAUGGCGCUCCUUGGGCACGGAGGCCCAGGGCGUACACAAACUCAGUGUUAUGUGCAAGCUGCGCCAAGGCGGGACUUGCUCUCUUGCCUCCGGGAAUCCCGACGGAGUGGGAAUGAACUUGGCUCUUGUUUUUCCCACCCGAGCGUGCUGCUUCUCCCCCUGUCCUUGUCCCGAGAGGGGAGGACCCAACGGGACUCUCGUGGCGGGGGGACCCUUUGCUGCCAGCUGCUCUCCUGGCGCUGUGUGGAGAACAAAGAAAGCCUGCCCUUUCCCCCAUCCUCAAUCGUCAUUCAUCUCUAGCUUUGUUGGGUUUCUUUGGGUUUUUUAAUGUUCAUUUUUAUCUUUCGUCUCUGUGCCUAUCCAAUGCGUAAUUGAAAGAAAACCAGCUUUACACGCACACAUCUUUCUUCUCUGAAAGCAGGCAUGGGCUUGGAGGGGUCGGGGGAACAUAUGCUCUCAUCAUCAAACCUACAAAGAACAAAAAAAAAUCACAUUGUUGCCCCAUAAUACAUCCCAAACUUUGUAGAGGAUAUGAAGGGCAUAACACUCAACCAUUUUAGGCCUAGAAGAGGGCCUAAAAACUUCUAGUAUUUAGAAAUGGCCAUUCCAGGGCUUAAAAUAGGCCAGAGAGGGCAAACAUAUGACAAUAAUGCCCCCACAUGACAUUUGAAUGCUUUUGCAGCAUAAACAAUUUUAGUAAAUUUCCCAUUUUUAACAUUAUAGGAGGCAGUGGGCAUAAAAAACAGCUAUGGAGAACCACAAACAACCCAUAGGUCACACUUUGCCAACACCCGAACUACAGACUUUGCUAUUUCCAAUUCUAUUUUCUUUGGGUACGUUCAGAACAAGCAAGGGCAUGUAUUCCUUCUUAAGGUAGCAAUCCAGUUGCGUUUUGGGAGGUGAGGCAACCUCCUAAAUGUUGGUAUGUUGGCUCUCCUGCCUCUUCCACCACUUUUCUAACAUCACAACACUGAGCACAAUAUCUACAUCAGAGCUCAUCAAGAUUGAGUGUAGUUGGAGUGUGGUGCACUAGAACCCCAACCAAACAAUCUUUCAUGGGCAUCACUCUUUCUCCACUACUGUGGUCUCUGAAUUUCAGUGGGAACUGGAGGUCCCAUGGCAUAGGGGGGCAUCAGAGUGUCCUCCUGUCCCAUAAAGUCAUAGGGCAUCUUGAAGUGAAGGAAGGAAGGAAGGAAGGAAGGAAGGAAGGAAGGAAGGAAGGAAGGAAGGAAGGAAGGAAGGAAGGAAGGAAGGAAGGAAGGAAGGCCAGAACGUGAAGAAGGAUGUGGCAUUUUUGGUGGCAAUUGUAGCAUUGUGAGUUGCAGUGGCAACUGAUUUUGUGGUGUUUUGGAGAUACGGAGCAUUUCAAGGGCUUGCAGGCAUGUGUAGGCUUCUCUUGAGCUAAAUACUAUAGAGCACAGACUAAUCCCUUGAGAACCAACAUAAAGAAAAUGGGUCCCAACUGUGUGAGAAAUGAAGCCAACGUUCCCAGAACUUAAACCAAUAGGAAGGGGAGUUUACUGCUUGCAGUAAUGGGCAUGUGAAGUAGCUUAUGGCACGUUUCCACUCCCCAAACCCAUAAAAAUGGCAGUUGCACCUGGAAUACUUCAGUGGGUUCGUUUUCAACCAACUGGGCAGAAUACAACCAGUGUAAAGCAUAUUGUUAUUUUAACAGUGAAUGAAUUAUGCUUUUCCAAUGAUGUCAAAAAGACUUUAGAGUAUCUUGAAAGUAUCACAUUCCAGUUUGGAGGAAAAGGAAACUGAAUGGCAAGCCAUGCCUCUGCAUGUCCCUUGUAAACCUCAGAACAAAUCAUACUCAAAGCGCAUGCCUUUAAAGCUCCAUGGACACAGCCACAAACUAUAGUUGAAGUAGGCAAGAGUUAAUAUCCUUCGUCUUCACUGAUAUGCCUGUUUGGCUAUGGCCCCAUCCGCACUGCAUUAUACGCUUAAUGUAGACUCGUAUAAUGCAGUGCAAUAAAGUCUAUCUAGCUCAAAAUGCAGUGGAGCCCCCGGGGGCACAAUGGGUUAAACCCUUUUGCUGGCAGGACUGAAGACCGACAGGGUGGAGGUUAUAAUCCGGGGAGAUCACAGAUGAGCUCCCUCUGUUAGCUCCAGCUCCCCAGGCAAGGACAGAAGAGAAACUUCCCACAAGGAUGGUAAAACAUCAAACAUCCGGGUGGUAUACAAAUGAAG